GAGGGGCGUGCCUGGUGCCUGAUAAAAGGGGCUGCGCAGCGCUGGGACCGUUUUUUUGGUGUCCUGCCUGCAGCGCUCCUCGAGGGUGGGCAACCUUCAGGGUGACAAGAGGGCUCCAGAACUACUACUGCACGCAGCCCCGGGCAGCCGAGGACAGAACACAGAUUUAAUCCUCCCACUUGGCGACCCUCAGGGUAGGAAGGGACAGAGCCACAACCUGAGUAUGGCCACUGCAGCAUGUGAGCCUGUGGCCAGACCCAGCCUGACCUCCAUUUCGUCCGGGGAGCUGCGUAGCCUGUGGACAUGCGACUGCGAACUGGCCCUGCUGCCCCUGUCGCAGCUGCUCCGCCUACAGCCUGGUGCCUUCCAGCUGCGCGGUGAGCAGCUCGUGGUGCCUGGGCCCGGGGAAGCCGGGGCCCCGCGAGGAGGCUUCAAUGUCUUCGGGGAUGGCCUGGUGCGCCUCGACGGGCAGCUCUACCGCCUCAGCAGCUACAUCAAGAGAUACGUGGAACUGACCAACUACUGUGACUAUAAAGACUACAGGGAAACAAUACUGAGCAAACCCAUGCUAUUCUUUGUUAAUGUGCAGACCAACAAGGACAUCUCAAACGAAAGGACCUACGCGUUUCUUGUAAACACAAGGCACCCCAAGAUAAGAAGACAGAUAGAGCAAGGGAUGGACAUGGUCAUUUCCUCAGUGAUUGGAGAAAGCUAUAGACUUCAGUUUGAUUUCCAGGAAGUAGUGAGGAAUUUUUUCCCUCCGGGAACUAUCGUGCUAAAUGGAGACAAUCUGAGCUUCACCUACGAAUUCAAGGCAGAUGCCCUAUUUGAUUUCUUCUACUGGUUUGGGCUUAGCAAUUCCACUGUAAAAGUGCAUGGAAAGGUUCUGAACUUGACAAGUACAAACCCAGAAAAGAAAGAAACAAUCAAGUUAUUUCUGGAAAAAAUGAGCGAACCUCUAAUCCGAAGGAGUAGUUUCUCUGAUCGGAAAUUUAGCGUCACAUCUAGAGGUUCAAUAGAUGAUGUUUUUAACUGCAACCUGUCGCCCAGAUCAUCGGUUACAGAACCACUUUUGGCAGAAUUCUCAUUUCCAAGUGUUCAGGAAUCUGAAGAGACAUCCAGCCAACUUAUCUGACUGGUCUGAAUGUUCUAGCUGUCGCCCUUUGGAGGUCUGUGGAACACAGUGGAUUGAAGGGGUAAGAGGAGGCAGGGGGUGGACUUUCCAUCCCUUUGCCAGCCUCUGGCUCUUCAAGGUUCUAUAGAGGUUUCCCAUUUCCCUAGGCAAGGUGCCCUGGCUGGCCCAGUGGCUUCGAUCAGGGGUAUGAUCAUGGGAUGGAAGGACUUUGUCUCUAUGGCGUAGGGGGUCAUUGACAUUGAACACUUCUCUGAAGAAUCUGAAGAAUUCUCAGGGGCAACUAUGCAUGAACCUUUCUUAGCACCAUGGCACUAAGGAGACCUUCCUGGCGACCACUGUGGGAGGUACCCGACUGGGAUGCUAACCCUCGAUGUUUCCUGGAUCUCAGAAUGGCCCUUUGCAGCCAGCCGCCCCAGCAAGCCUCUGGAUUAAGCUCUUCUCUUGCAAAUGUGUUAGGUAAAGCCGGUACCAAUAUUUCCCUGGGAAACAAGUCUGGUGUCCAUCCUGCCAGUGGGAUGAACAUUCAAGAUACUGGCUGCUGAAGGAUCUCUGCAGGAUGAGCCCUCCCUGAAAUGUAAAAAGCCAGGUUGUCCUCCAAUCAACCAUUGACAAGAGAGGGCUCCUCCUCCCUGCAGGUAUACCAUAUAAGUUGGUGUUUGAAAUACUCUUUAGCAAUCUUAAUAUGAAAAGAAAAGCCUAGGGAAACUAAGCCAUUACCGGUACAUUGGACAGCAGGGUGCUUUCUGCUUCACAGCUCCAGUGGGAUUCAUUGAAAGGGGAAAAAAUAUCCAAUCUACAUAUGAAAGUUUGUGUGAGUGGCCAGGCUUGGUGCCUGUAACCCUAGCACUCAGGAGGUGGAGGCCGUAGAAUGAAGAGUUCAAGACCAUCCUUGGCUACAUAGGGACUUCAAGGCCAACUUGCUUUAUUAAUACAGAAGACUGUCUAAUAAAAACAAACCUGCAUCAUUGCAUAUGUGAAUUCCCAUCUGUACUCUUAAGGAAGCAAAUUUAUGGGCCCCUUGUAGCAUCUUUUCUGUCCUUCUAAAAAACUUAUUCAUUCCCAUGCUACAUAUUUUGAUAGCAAUGUUGAUGGCCAGCCAUUUGUAUCUGAGAUGUUACCUAGUACAUAUGCACAAUUAAAACUUUUCUUAGCAUUCAA